AUGUCACUGAAAUUAUUUCAGGAGCCGAGCUUGCACGCAGACGAGAAGCGUCCGCGGUCUUGUGGCUGGCCGGCGCCGCCGCCCCCCUCCUCUCGCAGCUCAGAGGAGCUGUCUGCGGACCACGGCUGCAGCCGCAGCUGCGCGUCGCACCUGGCGCCGCAGCUGCAGACAGGUGGCGCGCUACCCGCACAGGAGGACCCCCGUGACCUGCUGCAGGUGACGCUGGACCAGAUCUGCGAGCUGCAGAGGUCUCUGCAGUCGCCGCACGCCGACGCCCACGCCUCCGAUUACGAGGCUGAUGAUGACAGCGAUGGCGAGGGCACAGACAGCGGCGACGAAUGCGGGGGUGCGUGGGACAAGCAGGUGGUGCUGGCUGGCUUCGAGCUGUGCUCCAAGGAGGCGCUGAGGUUCCUGGUGGAGGAGGAGCGCCUGGGAGCAGGCCACCCCGCCGUCAGGACACUGUCGGAGCACCUGAGCGCGCGCUCCCAUCAGCUCGACUGCCGGCGCGUCCUGCUCGACUACCUGCGCCGCCGCGACACUGGCGCCGACGCCGAUGGCGCCUACCUCUCAUGACGUCACCUGGUCUCACCUCACCUCACCGCUACACUGUCACCGUGAUAAAUGGUGUCACAUUACACCCUCACAUACUGGCCUCUAGUGUGAGAAUGUCAUUGCAGCAUCAAUACUCGCACCAAGAUAUCAACCCCAGCUGCCAACUAAGUCAGUUCUUCAUCUCUACUCUCUCUAAUGCCACGAUGUCAUAUCGGCAGAUACCUGUUGGUUCACCUAAUACACAUUAUCGG